GGACUACUGGCCUUAGAGGGAGAGCUGACCCCUAUUCUUGUCCAGAUGGUAAAAAGUGCUAAUAUGAAUGGUCUCUUGGACAGUGACAGUGAUUCUUUAAGCAGCUGUCAACAUCGUGUUAAAGCAAGACUCCAUGAAAUUCUCCAGAGAGACAGAGAAUUUACUGCUGACGACUACGAUAAGCUUACUCCAUCUGGAAGCAUCUCAUUGAUAAAAUCAAUGCAGGUUAUUAAAAAUCCUGUAAAAACAUGUGACAAAGUCUAUUCCUUGAUCCAGAGCUUGACCUCUCAGAUCAGGCAAAGAAUGGAAGAUCCAAAGUCUGCAGAUAUUCAGCUCUACCACAGUGAAACACUAGAACUGAUGCUGCGCAGGUGGGCCAAGCUGGAAAAAGACUUUAAAACAAAAAAUGGAAGAUAUGAUAUUAGCAAAAUUCCUGAUAUUUAUGACUGUAUAAAAUAUGAUGUGCAGCACAAUGGCUCCUUAAAAUUAGAAAACACAAUGGAAUUAUACAGGCUUUCAAAGGCUUUAGCUGACAUUGUGAUCCCUCAGGAAUAUGGUAUUUCUAAGGCUGAGAAACUAGAGAUUGCCAAAGGUUACUGCACUCCUCUAGUUAGAAAAAUCCGCUCUGACCUUCAAAGAACUCAAGAUGAUGAUACUGUAAAUAAGCUUCACCCUCUUUAUUCCAGGGGCGUUAUGUCCCCUGAACGCCAUGUUCGUACACGGUUGUAUUUCACCAGUGAGAGUCAUGUCCACUCCCUGUUGUCCACCCUUCGUUAUGGUGCCUUAUGUGAUGAAUCAAAAGAUGAACAAUGGAAACGAGCUAUGGAUUAUUUAAAUGUUGUCAAUGAACUCAAUUACAUGACACAGAUUGUUAUCAUGCUUUAUGAGGAUCCAAACAAGGAACUUUCUUCAGAAGAGCGUUUUCAUGUAGAGCUGCACUUCAGUCCAGGAGCCAAAGGCUGUGAGGAAGAUAAAAAUUUACCAGCUGGAUAUGGAUACAGACCUGCCUCCAGAGAGAAUGAAGGUUCGAAGAAAACCUCUCACAGAAAUGAUAGUGAUGAGGAGGCACAUGUUCCUAAAAGAGAUGAAACUGAUCGGUCAGUAGUGAUGUUCAAGCCAAUGGUAUCAGACCCAAUUCACAUACACAGAAAGUCACCCCUUCCGAGAUCCAGGAAAAUUGGUUCUGUUGAAGAAGAGAGCCCCCUGAGUGUGUCUAGCCCAGAGUGUAUUGGUACCUGGCUGCAUUACACCAGUGGUGUGGGUACUGGGCGUCGAAGGCGCAGAUCAGGGGAACAAAUCACUUCUUCCCCUGUCUCCCCUAAAUCAUUGGCUUUCACAUCCAGUAUUUUUGGCUCAUGGCAACAGGUCCUAUCAGAAAGCAAUAGUAACUUACGGACACCAAGAACUAUUCUGGAACAAAAGCAGAGUGGUCUAGGGUCUCACUGUGCGGGCCUGUUUAGCACCUCAGUGCUCGGGGGUUCUUCAAGUGCACCUAACCUACAGGAUUAUGCUCGUACUCAUCGUAAAAAGCUGACUUCUUCUGGCUUCAUAGAUGACACCACACGCGGUUCUGCUGUUAAAAGGUUUUCUAUCUCAUUUGCUCGACACCCAACCAAUGGUUUUGAACUAUAUUCCAUGGUGCCUUCUAUUUGCCCUUUGGAAACUCUACACAACUCCUUGUCUUUGAAGCAGGUGGAUGAAUUUCUUGCCUCUGUUGCUGCUCCAUCAAGGGAAAAUCUACAGGAAACAUCUUCUCCAACUUACAUGAUUCCACUGUCAGGAAGAAAAAUUUCUUUAAAUACAUACACCCCUGCAAAAAUUCAACCAACACCACUUGAAACUUUGCCUGAAAGGAUAGCAAUAGAGAAACCAAUCUUAUCUACCCCUGGAUCUUCUGUUUGUGUAUCUAAUGUUAAGCUAUCUCAUGAAGAGGCUUCACUAGAUGUAGAACUUAGUGGUGAAACUCGUUCUGAGAAGAAAUGA